AUGGUACCGGCUCAAACUGCCAGAGCCGCAACAGCGGCCACCGCCAACAGCGCCAAUGCGAGUACUCGCAGCUCGCCUGCCGCCGGUACCCCGAGCCAGACCUCGUCGAGACCAAAGCCCAAGGUCAACACAAACGGCUACCACCCUGCCAACCCUCAGAUCCCCUUGAGCGCCAUGGUCAGUUCUGGCUUGGAUUUGACCUCGGUCGAGCGCCGCGGUCAGCCCACGGCAGUUCGCGAGCCUCUGAAGAAGAAGACUCGUCCGCAUGGCAUUUCCGAAGCGCCGACGUUUUGUCCGAGCGACGACGAAUGGAGGGAUCCACUAGAGUACAUCAAGAAGAUUGCCCCAGAGGCUUCGCAGUACGGCAUGUGCAAGAUUAUCCCGCCCGACUCGUGGAACCCAGACUUUGCCAUCGACACCGAGAAGUUUCACUUUCGGACUCGGAAACAGGAGCUCAAUUCGGUUGAAGGAAGCACUCGGGCGAACCUGACCUAUCUUGAUGGCCUGGCCAAGUUCCACAAGCAGCAGGGCAACAACCUGCAUCGCUUACCCUACGUUGACAAGAAACCGCUGGACUUGUACCGCCUCAAAAAGGCAGUCGAGUCACGGGGCGGCUUCGACAAAGUCUGCAAGCUGAAGAAAUGGGCGGAGAUCGGUCGAGACCUGGGCUACAGCGGCAAGAUCAUGUCUUCGCUGUCCACGUCCCUCAAGAACUCGUACCAGCGAUGGCUCUGUCCAUACGAAGAGUAUCUGCGCCUCGCCAAACCAGGCGUGCACCAACAGCUUGAGCAAGAGUACGGGGGACCUCUGACUCCGAGCCCCGUGCCGACUCCAAUCAAACAGUCGAGCGUCGACACGCCCUCUAGCGCAAAAGGCGGUUCGCCUGCUCGACAGGCGUCGGAUGCCUUGCAGUCCAGCUUGGGUGCCCUGAAGAAAGAAUCGGAUCGGGAUACGCCGAUGGAUGAUGCCCCACCGGCGCCCACAUCCGGAAGCUUCACUGCCAUCAACGCCAAUGGGUUUACCGCAGUAAACUCGGCAUCCAGCAACGCCAAUCGACCCACCACCGCCGAGAACAAGAGCUACACUCCUGACCCGAAGCGAUUCGACAGUCCCACCUCGUCCGCAAAGAAUACCCCAGAGGCUCGGUCGUCGGGCCCGGAGGCCGACUGCGACAGGGAUGAUGGCGAAGGCAACAGUCGCCGCAGCAAGCGGCUGAAAAAGGAUGCCGUCCCGACAGUUGCUGGCUCGCACAUGACGCCAUUCCGCCCAUCUGUCCCCCGCAUCCCGCGCGAGGAGACUUUGCCCAGUGGAGAGAGAUGCGAGAACUGUGGAAGAGGCGAAGAAGCAGGCUUUUUGGUGCGCAGGCCAGAGGCCGAAUGGAACUGCCCGCGUUGCCUCGUUGGCGAUGGACAGUUUGGGUUUGAAGAGGGCGGCCUAUACUCGCUGAAACAGUUCCAACAAAAGGCAAACGACUUCAAGCAAGGCUACUUCGAAAACAAGAUGCCUUUUGACCAUGCGUUGAACUGCCAUCGGCCGGUCACCGAGCAGGACGUCGAAACCGAGUUCUGGCGCCUCGUUGCCGAUUUGGAGGAGACUGUCGAGGUGGAGUACGGCGCCGACAUCCAUUGUACCACGCAUGGCUCUGGGUUUCCGACCGUGGAGAAGAACCCGAGCAAUCCGUACGCGACCGACCCUUGGAAUCUCAACGUGCUCCCGUUCCAUCCCGAGAGCCUCUUCCGGCACAUCAAGUCGGAUAUUUCGGGCAUGACGGUGCCUUGGGUCUAUGUCGGCAUGAUCUUCUCGACGUUUUGCUGGCACAACGAAGAUCACUACGCCUAUUCCGCCAACUACCAGCAUUUCGGCGCGACAAAGACGUGGUACGGAAUCCCAGGGGAAGACGCUGAGAAGUUUGAGGCCGCCAUGAAGGAAGCGGUGCCCGAGCUCUUUGAAACGCAGCCAGAUCUACUGUUUCAGCUCGUCACCCUGCUCACACCCGAGCAACUCAAGAAAGCUGGCGUGCGUGUCCACGCUUUGGAUCAGCGGGCCGGUCAGUUCGUCAUUACCUUCCCCCAGGCCUACCACGCUGGCUUCAACCAUGGCUUCAACUUCAACGAGGCUGUCAACUUUGCACCUUGCGAUUGGGAGCCUUUUGGAUCGGCCGGUGUGGGAAGGCUUCAGGCCUUUCGGCGGCAGCCCUGCUUUUCUCACGACGAACUGCUCUGGACCGCCGCAGAAGGGAGCGCAGCCUCUGGGCUCACGAUCCAGACCGCUAAAUGGCUUGCUCCCGCGCUCGGGCGCAUCCACAAGCACGAAAUGACACAGCGGGAAAGCUUCACGGCCAAACAUGUCGAGUACUCGCGCCACCGGUGCGAGCUGUCUGGCGGACACGAGGACAGUGGCUGCCCGCUUACCUUCAAGGUCGAAGACGAGGACGUACAAGACGAGGACGAGCAAUGCUGCAGCUACUGCAAGACUUUUGCAUACCUGUCUCGGUUCAAAUGCCUUCGGUCCGGCAAAGUCUUGUGCAUACUGCACGCAGGUCACCACGCUUGCUGCGACCAGACCGAGGCGGAGCGGUUUGCCGGAAACGAACACAUUCUGUACUACCGAAAGGCAGACGAGGUGAUGACAUCGGUCCGUGACAAAGUCGUAGACAAGGCUCGGACUCCGGAGGCAUGGGAGGAAAAGUACUCGAAGAUACUGGAUGAGGAAGCCACGCCAUCUCUCAAGUCACUCCGCACUCUGCUUCACGAGGGCGAGCGUAUUCCUUACGAGCUCACAUCGUUGCCCAUCUUGAAGGAAUUCGUCGAGAGAUGCAAUGACUGGGUUGACGAGGCCACCAACUACAUUGUCCGCAAGCAGCAGAACCGUCGAAAAAGCGACAAAGUCUGGCAAAGCGGGUCGCGAAAGUCGGUUGGCAACUCAUUCCACGACCAGAAGGAGCGCGAGUCGCGCAAUGUGUCCAACAUCUAUCGACUCCUGAGGGACGCAGAACACAUUGGCUUCGACUGUCCCGAAAUUGCCCAGCUGCAGGAGCGCGCUGGUGCGGUCAAAGAGUUUCAAAUGAAUGCCGCCCGAGCUCUGGAAAACACGGCAACGAUACCCGUGGAGACGAUUGAGGAGCUCCUCGAGGAAGGGCGUAGCUUUAAUGUCGAUACGCCCGAGGUUGAUCGCCUGUCACGAGUUCUCGAGCAGAUGCGCUGGAACCAGAAAGCCCGAUCAAGCCGCGGCGUGUUCCUGUCUCUGAAGGAGGUCCAGGAUCUCAUCGAGGAAGGCAAACGGCUGGAAAUCCCGAGCUACAACGACCACCUGAAAUACUACCGCGAUCAGAUGCUGGCCGGUGAGGGCUGGGAGAGGAAGGCAAGAGAACUCAUCGAUGCCGAGAUUGUGCAUUACCCUCAGCUCGAGGCACUGUCGAACCAGGUACAGGUCAACGCACUCCCGGUCUCUCAAGAAACACUGGCCAUUGUGGACCAGAUCUUGCACAAGCAGCGAGAGGCUCAUCGCCAAAUUCUCGACAUCACUGGGCGAUGCCGUGAUGCGGAUUUCCGCAAACGGCCGAGGUACGCCGAGGUGGUCGAAAUCUCGAAGAAGCUCGAAGAUCUCAACUCCAAGCCGAAUGGCACGUUGGAUCUCGAGAACGAGAGAAAGCGACAUGAGGACUGGAUGCGCAAAGGCAAGAAACUGUUUGGGAAAUCGAACGCACCCCUCCACAUUCUCAAGAGCCAUCUCGAGUAUGUACUGGAGCGCAACACGGACUGCUUCGACGUUGAGCACGACACUCCGCGGAUGCCCGGAGAGCCGGUCUCGAGAGAGGCCACCCCGGAGCAGGGCGCGAGCCGCUGGGAGGACCCCCGCUCCAGACAGGUGUUUUGCAUCUGCAGAAAAAUCGAGGCUGGCAUGAUGAUCGAGUGCGAGCUCUGCCACGAGUGGUAUCACUACAAAUGCCUGAAGAUUGCCCGCGGCAAGGUCAAGGAAGACGACAAGUACACCUGCCCGAUAUGCGACUGGCGGAUAAAGAUUCCUCGCGAUGCCGCUCGGCCCAAACUGGAAGACCUAGUGGCGCUGUCGGAUGAGAUAUUGUCAUUGCCCUUCCAGCCCGAUGAGGAAGAGAUUUUGUCCCGCAUCAUCGACAACGCGCAGACUUUCCGAGACCACAUUGCCCGAUACUGCAACCCUCUUCUGUCUACAGAGGCCGAGGCCGAGACGCAGCGAUUCUAUUUGCGAAAGCUCGAAGGCGCCGAGGUGCUCUUGGCUUUUGAGACGAAUUUCUUCCGGCAGGAGCUUCACAAGUGGUGCCCGGCCGCCCCCGAAGCGCCGCCCAUCCUGGAGGUGUCCUUGAGCACUCGCAAACCCCGGCCGACAAAGUUGCAGAAGAUGUUGGCGGAAUACGGAGUCGACAACCCCGACGACCUGCCGGAACACGCAAAGGGCAAAGCAAACAGCUUGCGACGCAAGGCGGCGAAUGCAGAGGCGGCGGCCGCGGCGGCGCAGUCGACCGCGUCAGGCAUCAUCAUGCCACCGACCAGCAAUGCCGUAUACGGCAGUCCGACGUUCUUUGCGCCCCCGUCCCAGUCGCGACCGGCGGGCCCUGCACCCACCCAUGGCCACGCAGCAAAACCUUGCCCGGCGUCGCACAAGGAUCGGCCCAAGGCCGGGGCGCCAGAGGCCAACAGCGGCUUGCAUCUCGGGUUCCUCGGGGCAGGCGGGCCACAGCUGCUCGCCGACAACUCGGCCUUGACGCUGGAGGAGCGACUGCUGCAAGGCCAAGAGGACGGGAUCAACUUGCAAACGGAGGCCGGGAAGAGUAAGGCUCUCGAAAUACUCGGUCGCACAGAAGUGGGCAGGAAGCAAGCGGAAAACAUAUGGGGACCAGACGUCUGGCGUCCAAGCCGCCGGUCUAUGAGCGACGCGGACGGGUCGAUGACUCCGGUGGAGAUGGAUGGCAUGAUUAGGCAUGACGAGGGCAACGUGGAUCAAAUGUUCAAGGAGAUGACGAACCAGGAGGACGACGAGGACCAGAAGAAGAAAGAAAGCGUCGCAAACGGCCCCGUCACGGCGGAAUCUCUCGAGAGCGAGAGGAACGGCCUGGACGCUCUGUUGGACGGCGAAUAG